AUGACCUCAAAAUCGGCUCCCGAGAAGCAGAGCGUGCCGACAGGCAUAGGAGGGGAGUUUCAAACACAGACCGGAUAUGCUCAAGAGGUUAGGCGAAACUUUUCACCGACAGCAAUCUUGGCAACAUGUGUAUCAUUGAUGGCAACCUGGGAAGCUCUAUGCAGCACCAUGGCAACAGGGCUUAUUAGUGGAGGCCCGGCCUCGCUAGUUUAUGGGGCAAUGAUUGCCUUCAUUGGAUCUUUAUGCUCCGCCAUGUCUUUGGCAGAGCUGGCGUCUAUUCACCCUACAGCAGGAGGCCAGUAUCACUUUGUCGCCUAUUUAAGCCCUGGGAGGAGAGGGCCGAUUAACAGCUGGUUUGCAGGAUAUAUCACUACUUUAGGAUGGGUCGCGUUAGCCGGCAGCGCACCGUUCCUCGCCGGGACCCAAAUCCAGGGCCUUCUGAUACUCAACUACCCCGACUCGUAUACUUCCGAGAGAUGGCAUGGGACUCUGCUCUACUGGGCUAUCUUGUUGGGAUCUGCGCUAGUAUGCAUUUUCUGCAGUAGCAUUCUCCCGCUGCUGGAGAAGAUUACCAUGACUUUGCACAUCGCCUUCUACCUGGUCAUCCUCAUCGUAAUGGCUGUCGUAUCACCGACAAAGCACUCGGCUUCCUUUGUCUUCGCGACAUUCGAGAACAACUCGGGUUGGUCAAAUGAUGGUAUAGCGUGGUGUAUAGGCCUCUUGAGCUGCUGCUACGUUGUGGCGGGAUACGAUGGGGCUACCCAUCUUAGCGAAGAGAUGGAGAACGCGCAGGUCGGCGUGCCUCGAGCAAUGGUUGGCUGUGUGAUCAUUAACGGUGCUCUCGGCUUCACAUUCUUGAUCACGCUGUUGUUCUGCAUGGGCGACAUUGAAUCGGCACUUAACUCGACAACUGGGUUUCCCAUCAUUCAGAUCUUUUACAAUAUCACUGGAUCUCUGGCGGCAGCCAAUGCACUUACGGCUGCGGUGACGAUCAUGGCCAUCAUAUCGACUAUCCCACUAAUAACUUCUGCUGCGCGUGUAAUGUGGGCUUUUGCAAGAGAUCAAGGUAACAUCUUAGGGCUUCCAUUCUCCCGAGUCGUUUCCAAGGUCGAGCGGAAACGCGGGAUUCCCACUACCGCCAUUGUCGUCACAACCUGUCUACUCGUUCUCCUUGGACUCAUCAACAUCGGCUCCACAACGGCCUUCAAUGCCAUCCUCUCUCUCGCAGUAGUAAGCCUUCAAGCUUCAUAUCUGUUCCCAAUCAUCCUCGUGCUAUGGUGCAGAAUCUGCUGUCCGGAGACCCUAGUAUGGGGGCCUUGGCGCCUCGGACGUGCCGGAGUGGCAGUCAAUGUAGCUGCCGUGUGCUAUUUAGUUUUCACAUGCGGGUUCCUCAUUCUUCCUCCUUUUCAACCCGUUAACGCCCUCAACAUGAACUACGCGCCAGUUGUUCUCGGUGCAGCUUUGCUAUUCGGUGCUUUUUAUUGGCUGUUACGGGCGAGGAAGAGGUAUGUUGGGCCUCUGACGGAGCUGCAUGUCGUGAAUGGCUGUGACACUGUUUGA